AUGGCCGACGCCGAUCAUGAGCACACCUUCGAGUCGGUUGACGCCGGUGCGUCGACCACUUUCCCCAUGCAGUGCUCGGCCUUGAGAAAGAACGGUUUCGUCGUCAUCAAGAACCGCCCCUGCAAGAUCGUCGACAUGUCCACCUCCAAGACUGGCAAGCACGGUCACGCCAAGGUCCACUUGGUCGCCAUCGACAUCUUCACUGGCAAGAAGCUUGAGGAACUUUGCCCCUCCACCCACAACAUGGAUGUCCCCAACGUCACCCGUCGCGAGUUCCAGCUCCUCGACGUCUCUGACGAUGGUUUCCUGUCCCUCAUGAGCGAGGAUGGUGAGACCAAGGAUGAUGUUCGCGUUCCUGACGGUGAGAUCGGCGACAAGAUCAACCGUCUCUUCGUCGAGGAGGAGAAGGACACCAACGUCGUCAUCUUGACUGCCAUGGGUGAGCAGGCUGCCGUCGAGGCCAAGGAGGCUCCUCGUGGCUCUUAG